AUGAAUAUAUUUCACAAAGACAAACAACUGCUGUGCAAUGUUUGCAAACUUUUGCGACUGCAUGCUCGACAGUUACAGGCGCUCGACAGCUACAGGCGCUCGACAGGCGCUCGACAGCUACAGGCGCUCGACAGGCGCUCGACAGCUACAGGCGCUCGACAGCUACAGGCGCUUGACAGGCGCUCGACAGGCGCUCGACAGUUACAGGCGCUCGACAGGCGCUCGACAGCUACAGGCGCUCGACAGCUACAGGCGCUCGACAGCUACAGGCGCUCGACAGGCGCUCGACAGCUACAGGCGCUCGACAGGCGCUCGACAGCUACAGGCGCUCGACAGCUACAGGCGCUCGACAGCUACAGGCGCUCGACAGCUACAGGCGCUCGACAGCUACAGGCGCUCGACAGCUACAGGCGCUCGACAGCUACAGGCGCUCGACAGCUACAGGCGCUCGACAGCUACAGGCGCUCGACAGGCGCUCGACAGCUACAGGCGCUCGACAGCUACAGGCGCUUGACAGGCGCUCGACAGGCGCUCGACAGUUACAGGCGCUCGACAGGCGCUCGACAGCUACAGGCGCUCGACAGCUACAGGCGCUCGACAGCUACAGGCGCUCGACAGGCGCUCGACAGCUACAGGCGCUCGACAGGCGCUCGACAGCUACAGGCGCUCGACAGCUACAGGCGCUCGACAGCUACAGGCGCUCGACAGCUACAGGCGCUCGACAGCUACAGGCGCUCGACAGCUACAGGCGCUCGACAGCUACAGGCGCUCGACAGCUACAGGCGCUCGACAGCUACAGGCGCUCGACAGCUACAGGCGCUCGACAGCUACAGGCGCUCGACAGGCGCUCGAGGCGCUCGACAGGCGCUCGACAGCUACAGGCGCUCGACAGGCGCUCGACAGCUACAGGCGCUCGACAGCUACAGGCGCUCGACAGCUACAGGCGCUCGACAGUUACAGGCGCUCGACAGCCGCUCGACAGCUACAGGCGCUCGACAGCUACAGGCGCUCGACAGGCGCUCGACAGCUACAGGCGCUCGACAGUUACAGGCGCUCGACAGCUACAGGCGCUCGACAGGCGCUCGACAGCUACAGGCGCUCGACAGUUACAGGCGCUCUUCAUGUUUCUACCACUGCAGCAGCUUUCUAUGCUGCCUGGGAUUUAGCUUACUUAAACACUUUUACUUUUUUUGCCAAUGUUAUAAAAAAACUACCACAUUAUGA